AUGGCACCCCCUUCAUCAAUCACCUCUUACGCCGUCCUAGGCUCGACCGGCAACUGCGGCUCUGCCCUGGUUCAGAAUCUCCUCGAGCUACGGAAUGUGAAAGUCAACGCCUACUGCCGCCAGCGCAGCAAACUCUAUCGACUCAUCCCCGCCACCAUCGAUAACAAAAGAGUCGAGGUGUUCGAGGGCUCCAUCACCGAUGUCGACCUCAUCAGCGACUGCAUCCGUGAUUGCAAAACCGUCUUCAUGGUGGUGACAACGAACGACAAUAUCCCCGGAUGUCGUGUCAGCGAAGACCUCGCGCACUCGGUGAUCGCUGCGCUGGAGAAGAGGAAGAAGACGGGCCCGCCAGGACUGGUCAUGCCGAAGCUGGUCUUACUUUCGUCUGCCACCAUCGACGACCACCUGGCGCGCAGAAUGCCGUGGUGGUUCCGACCAGUCAUGCUGACUGCCGCGUCCUACCUGUAUGAUGACCUACGACGGACCGAAGAGUUCCUGCGCGCCCAGUCGGAUUGGGUUUCGACCGUCUUCAUCAAGCCCGGCGGACUGUCCAUCGAUGUCAGGAGAGGCCACAAGCUCAGCCUGGACGAAGAGGAUACCUUCAUCUCGUACUACGAUCUCGCGGGGGCCAUGAUGGAAGCAGCAGACGAUCCCGAGGGACGGUACGAUAUGAAGAACGUGGGAGUGAAGAAUGCAGGAAAGGGUGCCAAGUUUCCGUCGGGCACGCCGCGGACAAUCUUGAUGGGACUGCUGCGGCAUUAUUUCCCGUCUUUGCACCCUUACCUGCCUUCUGGUGGACCGCAAUGA